GAAUGGGCUUUCCGUCGGACUGCCAUGGAAGCCGACGACGAUGAUAGCCGUAGUCAGGCUAUCCUGAUCGUGACUGCGAUCUUUCUCGCCAUCUCGCUCAUUGCCGUCAUCCUCAGAAUAUUUGUUCGGACUCGCGUGGUCAAGGCAUUCGGCAAGGAUGAUGUCUUUAUGUUAUUGGCCAUGAUUCUGAACUUGGCCUUCGCCAUUUGUGGAUUUCUCGGAGUGAAAUACGGCAUGGGACGGAAGUUGAUUCACUUUGAAGUCGAAGGGGGGCAAGCUAAUUUCCACAGGGCCUUACUGUGUUGGUGGCUGGGCCAGAUCUUCUAUGUCAUUACCUGUGUCGUCGCCAAGGUAUCCAUCAUCAUCACUCUUUUGCGCAUCACCGUGGAUCGCGUCCACGCCUACGUUCUCUACGCCGCUAUCACGCUUGCCACGGCCGUUGGUUUAAUUUUCCUUUUCUUCACUGUUUUCCAAUGCGAUCCUGUCUCCUUCUUCUGGAAUCGCAGCCCCGUGACCGGCACAUGUAUCAGCACCGACCUCCUUAUCGACAUCGCAUACCUGUAUAGCGUCGGCGCAGCCGUCACCGACUUGACCAUUGGCCUCCUCCCAGUGGCACUAAUCUGGAAUCUCCGCAUGAAUCAGCGCACCAAGACCGCCAUUGUCGGAAUUUUAGGAAUCGGCUGCAUCGCGAGCGCCGCCGUGAUCAUCCGCAUUCCUUUCAUCAAAAACUACAAAAGCACCGAAUUCUUGUAUAAUACCUACCAAAUCUCCAUCUGGUCAAACGUCGAAGCAGGCCUAGGCAUUACAGCUGGAUGUCUCACCACACUACGCCCCUUAGUCCGAUUCCUCCGCGAUGGCUCCUCCGCCUCCCGCAGCCGCAACAAUCGCACUCCCGCCCCCGGAUCUUUUCCCCUAUCCAGCAAUGUGGCGCAAGGGUUCCACCGCUCUACGCGAUCGAAGCACGAUGCUGAAGAGGGACAACUUUGGACCGGCACAGAUCAGGAUGACUACCAUGGUAUCACGACUACGAUCAUGGGGAGCACGCGUCCUCCGAAUCCCAAAAGUAGUAGUGAGGAGGACCUGAAUCCGCAGCAGAAUACUGGGUGGAAAGUCGAGCGGUCCGUUCGGGUGUCCGUGCGCGAUGAAUGA